AAAAAAAAGGAGGGGGGGAAUUCAGGAGGCAAGGAAGCCUUUACUGUCUUUUUCAGAUAAUAAGGAUUUUUUUUUGGGGGGGGGGGUUGUUUUUAAUUUAGCUAGAUUGGUGCUAUCAGUAAAAUUAAUUGCAGGAAGGAUCAACACUAAAAAUUGAAAUAUAUUUUAUUUUGAACAUGUCAAUAAGUGUGUGUGCUGAUAAUUGAUAAAAUGGUUGAAAUUAUUAUAUAGUAUUGAUGUAUGUGUGGUUACAGUCCCUGCUAUAUGUAUAUCCUAGAAAGAAAUACUUUUGACCCAGUAACUAUGUGAUAAUUCUUAAGCCACUUAAUUUCUAAGUGUCUUAUACAGCUCUUAGUUUCCCAGUUAUAGAUGCAUUACAAAUCUUCAUAGAUGGUGAAGGGGGUUUCUUCUGUCACGGAUCUGUCCUGUCUUAAUUCUCCCCUUCUCCUACAGGUAAAAACCAAAAACUACCAGUUAUUUAUUAUGUGUUAUAGCUUUAAACUUAGAUGAUAGAUUUUUUUUUUUUGGGGGGGGGUUGCAUUGUUGAAAUGAAGUCACAAAGAAGGCAUAUUAUAUAGCCCCAUUUGUCAUGUUGUUAUUCCUUGUAAGAGGAAUAAAAAUAAGCUGUAUGCAACAUGUAUGUGUUCCCUAAUAUGUUUUGGGAAAGUUAAUUGCAACCUGUGUGGUUCAGGGAUUUAGUGAAAGAAGAGGAAGAACAGUUGAUGGAAGAAAGGAAAAAGAGAAAGGACGACAAGAAAAGGAAGGAAGCUGCUCAAAAGAAGGCCACUGAACAAAAAAUCAAAGUGCCAGAACAGAUAAAACCCAGUGUAAGCCAGCCUCAGCCUGCCAACUCUACUAACGGCACUUCCACAGCAACCAGCACUCAGAAUAAUGCCAAGCGGGCCACAGCCAACAGUCAGCAGCAACAGCAGCAGGCCUUGCCUCGUUACCCUCGUGGUGAAGUACCACCACGAUUUCGGCACCAGGAACAUAAACAGCUUCUAAAGAGAGGUCAGCAGUUGCCUACUAUAGCAACAAACCUGGGACCUGCUUCUAAAGUAUUAAAUACCCAGUCAAGAGGCAAUAGUAUAACAAGUAAACAGCCAGUGACUAAUGGAGAGAUACCGAACAAAAAAAAACAACCAGGCAUGCCUCCCAUUCGGGAUUUGGUCAGCCACUCCCCUAACCAGUCAGAUUUAAACCAUAGUAAUCUAGGAUCUCAUUAUGAAAAUUCUCACUGGGGACCAGUGUCUUCUAAUAGUGACUCCAGCACAAACUGGGACAAAGUUAUUGUAGAAGGCUCUGACAAAGAAGCAUGGCCUUCUAUCACUGACAGUGACCCAGAGUUGACUUCAGAAUGUAUGGACACUGACUCUGCCUCUAGCUCUGGAUCAGAGAAGAACCUUUUGAUAAUGGCUUCAGGGAGUACAAGUGGUGAAAAUGAUGGAAUUCGAAAUGGCAUUGGACACAGUUCUCAAAACAAAUUUGUGGUGGGUAGCAACAGCAAUAAUGUGGGCAAUGGAAGUAAUAAUGGACCAUGGAAUCUAUCUCAUGGAACCAUAAUAAGCACAUGUCAAGUUUCUGUGGAUGCUCCUGACAGCAAAUCUGAAAGUAGCAACAAUAGAAUGAAUGCUUGGGGCACCGUAAGUUCUUCAUCAAAUGGAGGGUUAAAUCCAAGCACUUUGAAUUCAAAUAGCAACCAUGGUGCCUGGCCUGUAUUAGAGAACAAUGGACAUGCCCUAAAAGGGCCUGUAGGGAGUGGUAAUUCUGGCACAAAUAUUCAGUGCAGUACCAUAGGCCAGAUGCCUAACAAUCAGAGUAUUAACUCUAAAAUGGGUGGUUCUACCCAUGAUUCCUGGGGAAAUCUUCAGGAAAAUUGUGAAUCUGAAGUAAAUGGUACAAGGAAGGUUUCAUUCAGUGGACAACCUCAGAACCUUAACACUGAAAUGAAUGGACCAAAUAACACUACUAACUUUAUGACCUCUAGUUUACCAAACGCUGUUGGUUCAGUGCAGAUGGAUGAACUGCCUAAUAAUACAGGGCAUGGGGCCUGGCGUGUGAGCACAAGGAAUCAUUCUCAGAUACAGGCCUCUUCGGUUACAAAUGGCACUUCCAUUUCUCAUCUUAGCAAUGGUGAGUCCAAAAAUGGUGGCUCUUAUGGUACUACAUGGGGUGCCUAUGGUUCUAAUUAUUCCGGAGAGAAAUGUUCAGGCCCUAAUGACCAAGCAAAUGGUGACACUGUGAAUGCAACUCUAAUGCAGUCUGGCAUAAAUGGGUCUGUUGGCACUAACUUUCAAAUGAAUGGAAAUAAAGGAGGAAGUUUAUGGGAGUCAGAGAUGGUGAAUUCCCAGAAUGUACCAUGGGGAAGUGGAAAUGGUGUGAAUUCUGGAGGAAAUCGAAGAGGAUGGGGAAGCCCUGCACAAAACACUGGCACUAAUGUAUCCAAUGGGGAAUGGAAUAAACUGCCUAGCAAUCAGCAUUCCAAUGAAAGUAUGAAUGGAAAUAGUAGGAAGUUUACAAAUGGAUGGAAACCUACUGAGGAAGAUGAUCAGAGUUCUGCUACAUCUCAGAUAAAUGAGCAGAACAGCAUUUGGGCCAAAACAACAGGUACUGGGGAAAGUGAAGGUAGUACAGAAAGCACUGGAUGCCGUGAGGAGAGAGUGGUUGGGGAAGGACAGAGUAGAGAGAGAAGAAAAGUUGACCAGCAUGCAUUACUCCAAAGCAUAGUAAACAGAACUGACUUAGAUCCACGUGUCCUCUCCAAUAAAGGUUGGGGAGAGACUCCAAUCAAACAAAAUACUGCCUGGGAUACUGAAACAUCACCUAGAGGUGAAAGAAAGACUGACAAUGGGACAGAGGCCUGGGGACGCUCUUUGACACAAACUUCUAACUCUGGGGGUUGUGUUGAUAAGACUAAUAGUAAUGAUACCUCAUCUGUAUCUGGAUGGGGAGAUCCAAAGCCUACUACAAGGUGGGGAGAUUCUAAAGGCUCAAGCAGCCAAGGGGGAUGGGAAGAUGAUUCUGCUGCUACAGUAAUGGUCAAGAGCAAUCAAUUGUGGGGAAAUGGCAAAGAGGAGAAAUCUACAUGGAAUGAUGCACAAAAAAUUAAACAAGGGUGGGGAGAUGGACAAAAAUCAAACCAAGGUUGGUCAGUUUCUGCCAGUGACAACUGGGGAGAAACAUCAAGAAGCAACCAUUGGGGUGAGACUAAGAAAUCUAGCUCAGGAGGUAGUGACAGUGACAGGUCAGUAUCCGGUUGGAAUGAACCUGGUAAAUCAAAUUCUUUUACCUGGGGAAAUAACAAUAUAAAUCCAAAUAAUUCAUCUAACUGGGAUGAAUCUGCAAAAUCUAGUCAGUCCCAGGGAUGGGGAGAACCUCCAAAAUCUAAUCAGUCUUCAGGUUGGGGGGAUUCUUCAAAGCCAAUCAACUCCCCAGACUGGAACAAACAAGAUAUUGGUGGGUCUUGGGGAGCACCACCUUCCACAAAUAAGCCACCUGGUUCGGGUUGGCUCGGUGGACCAAUACCAGCUCCCACAAAAGAAGAAGAACCUACUGGAUGGGAGGAGCCAUCCCCAGAAUCAAUACGCCGCAAAAUGGAAAUUGAUGAUGGAACUUCUGCUUGGGGAGAUCCAAGCAAAUAUAACUACAAAAAUGUGAAUAUGUGGAAUAAAAAUGUCCCAAAUGGUGGCAGCCGUUCAGACCAGCAAGCACAGGUACAUCAGCCGCUACCAUCUUCAAGUGCCAUGUCAAGCAAGGAGAGCAGUAGUGGUUCUGGUUGGGGAGAACCAUGGGGAGAACCUUCUACUCCGGCCACAACUGUAGAUAAUGGAACUUCAGCAUGGGGUAAACCCAUGGACACUGGUACUAACUGGGGGGAACCCAUUACUGCUUCAUCUAGCUCCUCCACAUGGGGUACUGCUUCUGUUGGUCCACAGACUUCGAGUAAAUCUGGGCCCAAAUCUAUGCAAGAUGGUUGGUGUGGAGAUGAUAUGCCUUUGACUGGAAAUCGAUCCACCGCCUGGGAAGAGGAGGAAGAUGUUGAAAUUGGAAUGUGGAAUAGUAAUUCAUCCCAAGAAGUUAACCCAUCUUUAAACUGGCCACCAUAUAUAAAGAAAAUGUCAUCAAAGGGAGCAAUGAAAGGUGGAAAUAAACAAGAUGAAGCCUGGAUAAAUCCAUUCGUUAAGCAGUUCUCAAAUUUAAGUUUUUCGAGAGAAUCACCAGAAGAAACUCUACCGAGCAAUAAGAUGGACCUAUCUGGAGGAAUGUUACAGGACAAACGAAUGGAGAUUGAUAAGCAUAGCCUAAACAUUGGCGAUUACAAUCGAGUCGUAGGGAAAGGCCCUGGUUCUCGUCCUCAGAUUUCCAAAGAGUCUUCCAUGGAUCGCAGUCCUUAUUUUGAUAAGGAUGGCAUUGUAGCAGACGAGUCCCAAAACAUGCAGUUUAUGUCCAAUCAAAACAUGAAGCUUCCCCCUUCAAAUAGUGCACUACCUAACCAAGCCCUUGGCUCCAUAGCGGGGCUGGGUAUGCAAAACUUGAAUUCUGUUAGACAGAAUGGCAAUCCCAGUAUGUUUGGUGUUGGUAACACAGCAGCACAACCCCGGGGCAUGCAGCAGCCUCCAGCACAACCUCUCAAUUCAUCUCAGCCUCAUCUCCGUGCUCAAGUGCCUCCUCCAUUACUAUCCCCUCAGGUUCCAGUCUCAUUACUGAAGUAUGCACCAAACAGCGGUGGCCUGAGUCCACUCUUUGGCCCUCAACAGGUAGCCAUGUUGAGCCAGCUAUCCCAAUUAAACCAGCUUUCUCAGAUUUCCCAGUUACAACGAUUGUUGACCCAGCAGCAAAAGGUGCAGAAUCAGAGAAGCAUGCCUUCUGGUGGUCGACAGCAGCAAGAGCAGCAGGGUCGACCUCUUAGUAUGCAGCAGCAGAUGAUGCAACAAUCUCGUCAGCUUGAUCCAAACCUGUUGAUGAAGCAGCAAACUCCACCAUCUCAACCACAGUCGCUC